AUGGUCGAGGGCGACCCUCAACCAGCCCCACGUCAGAGCAUCCUCGACGCGGUCGCCCACAUAGGAGAGGAGGACGCGGAGCCGCCACCCAGACCACCACAGCCUCAUCGACUCAGUCGGGAGAUGGCCAACAUGGCCAAAGCCGGAAUCCAGAGCAACCUCAACCUCCGUCCUCGACUAGAGGCGGCGGUGGUCAGAGAGGAGGAAGAGGAGGACGAGGUAGAGGUAGACGACGACCCACAGGACCGGGAACCUUUCGUGGUGGAGCGUCCAUCCCCGGCACGAGGAGGACCUUCGGUGGCCACUUGA